AUGGAGCGGUGAUGGAGAGCUCAAAAACGCGGGGAAAUUAGAGGUGGGGUGGGUGUUUGAGGGGGGAGAUUUUGAGGAGUCACGGUAAUCUUGAGAAGAGCUGGAGGAGAGAGUGAGAGGAGAAGAGAGAAGAGGAGAGACAGGGAGGCAGCUCAGAACAGCGUCGGUCCUCCUUGGACGCAGUUUUGAGAAAAGGCUGACAGGCAGCAUCAGCGACCGAACACAAACUUGAAGCGAUCACAGAAAGAUCCGACACUUGCAGGGUGAGCGGGGGGUUAAGCUGGAGCCUAUCCCAGAUGUCUUUGGCAGGAGCUGAGGUGCGCUCCAGACAGGGUGUUCAACUCUCCGUGGAAAACUGAAUGAGACGCUUCACAAGAGGAGUGCAAAUAAAGGAGCGAGACUUUCUUAGAGAGGACGAUAUUAGAUGGUGUGGGGGGGGAAAGAGUGAUUGGCACAUCUCCUCCAACUUAGUGUGAAGGGCAGAAGACGGGAGAGUGAGAGGAGGCACGUAAAAAACACAGAGGAGAAUGAAGACAACCAGAAAACAAGGCCUGCCUACUAUCAAGUAUUGUUCAAAUUAGGACGUCUGGCCACGAGACAACAUGAUUGCAAGAAAUCGGCUUUUGUUGGUGUUCCUGUGCGUGUGGGAUGUGCUUCUGCAAGAUGCAUCCGCCAGUAAGACUGUACGCAGGAGAGGAGUGGGUGGACUGCACAUGGCGAAGCUGGGGGACAGCAGAUCCGCAGACCAAUGGGAUGCAAGCAUGGAUGUCAAUGCAAUGCCCAUGGUGACUCUUAGAAACACGAUUAGUCACGAGCAGAUGGGUGACACUAGAUCUUUUUCUUACUCAAGAAAUCUGCAGAAUCAUCCUGCGUCAGCGGAUAACAAGGGGAGGCAAUUGUUCAAGCCCAAACGGGAGGUUGAGUCUGUCACCAAAGACGUGACCACAUUCAUUUUAGCCAAUAACAAGCGCUUAAAUCAGGAUUUGAAGAAAGUUAAAAACAACACUAAGGGUGUCGAGUGUUGCAAGGCAGGAAGGCCGGACAAAAUGUUCAUGGUCCAUCACAAGCCGGACCUACACUCCAAUAAAACCAAAGUCAGAUCAGGAGCGAGAUCCAGAGGCAGAUCUGACUUAAACACCCGUUCUACAGGAACGCCCGGCAAGGGAUUCAGUGUGGACUCAAAUCGGAAGCUGAACCUCACAGGUAGCUACGGAGUUCUUAAGCUUCUCUCUAAAGAGAACCUAGUUCGGAUCGUCAAUUCCCAAAUGUCUGUUCCUGGUCUGGCUUUUCCAAGCAAGGGCAGCCGGAGCAGAAAGAGGGAUUUAAUUGACGUUAAUCAUGGUCAUUUAGAGGCUCAGAAAAUGCAGAGACAAGACAUGGCUGUCACUCAGCUUCAGACCGUAACUGAUAAUCAGACUGCAUUUCCUAAUGCAAGCCCUGUCACCAGUCCAGAUCCUAAUCGAUACCCACUGGUCGAUACUCAUAUUAAUCCUCCAAAAGAAGUCAAGCCAGCUUUGAGUAAAGGGCAAGAUGACUUGGGCGCUCAGGCUUCAAACAGUGGUGAUAACAAGAGUAAACAUCUUGUCCAUUUCCUGUCAACGCCUCAGAGCGAGGUGAACCUAAGCCCCGAGAAAGAAACCACGAGCCAAGCAGAGGAGCCGUCUCCAUCGACAAAACGUCUUUCAGCGCACGUCCCUUCAGCGAAAAACGAUUCUCCUCCUCCUGUGCUGACAAUGCAAACUCUGGGAGUGAAAGUGGGGGACAGAGCAGCAGAUUCCCGUAGAGACCCAUUAACAGAAUCAGCUCGCGCUGCCGAGACAGAAUUCAGCACGGCCCAGUACCCGACAGAUGAAGACAACAAACUUGUCAACAGCAGCCAUGUCCUGCGGCUCCAGCCUGCCCCUGAAUGGAGUCACGCUGCAGAAGAUUCUGAGAUCCAAACUGUUGAUCCAGAAAAUGAAAACAGCCUUGUGUUUGAGGAGGCAGAGCCCGAAGAGGAGGCACGCAGCCGUAUGGGGGGGAAGGGCUCGCGUUCUCGCAGCAGGAGGAGCUGGAUCUGGAACCAGUUCUUUGUGAUUGAGGAGUACGCCGGGCCGGAACCUGUGCUCAUUGGACGGCUCCACACUGACAUGGACAGAAAAGAUGGCCGCACUAAGUAUAUCCUGCGAGGCGAGGGGGCCGGCUCUGUCUUUGUGAUCGACGAGAAAACAGGUAACAUCCAUGUCACCAAGCCACUGGACCGCGAAGAGAAGGAUGAGUACCGCCUCAUCGCUACAGCCAUCGACAGGCAGACGGACCGAGCUCUGGAGCCGUCAUCCCAAUUCUUGAUUCGGGUGCAGGACAUCAACGACAACCCCCCGGUCUUUGACGAAGGCCCCUACAGCGCCACCGUGCCAGAGAUGGCAAAUAUAGGCACGUCUAUAAUCCAGGUGACAGCAACAGAUGCUGAUGACCCGACGUACGGGAACAGUGCCAAGCUAGUGUACACACUGGUGCAGGGCCAGCCGUACUUCUCUGUUGAUCCCCAGACAGGCAUUUUACGCACAGCUGUACCCGACAUGGACAGGGAGACCCAGGACCAGUACCUGGUGGUUCUUCAGGCCAAAGACAUGGGGGGCCAGCUGGGAGGAUUAUCUGGAACCACUACGGUUACUGUCCAGCUCACUGAUGUCAAUGACAACCCUCCCCGCUUUACCCAAAGUAUCUGGUCGUUCUCCGUCUCCGAACUGGCCAUCCCGGGGGCAGAGAUAGGACGCAUCUCCGCGAGUGACGCCGACCUCUUUGAGAAUGCCAGGAUGGAGUACGCCAUCUUGGAGGGGGAGUCUGGGGAUACUUUCAACAUCACCGGACUCAACCAUGAGGCAGUCAUUAUCCUCAACAAGGGGGUGGACUAUGAGAGCCGCAGCUCCUAUUCCUUUUCUGUGGAGGUCCUGAACCCCAUCGUGGACCCUCGUUUCCUGCGCAGGGGCCCGUUUAAGGACCGGGCAUCGAUCCGGGUGGCAGUGCUGGAUGCCGACGAGCCACCGAGGUUCUCCCACACCCGAUAUCACAUGGAUGUAUCCGAGAACUGCCCCCCAGCCUGCACGGUGGGUCGGGUCAGUGCCGAGGACCCUGACACUGGACUGACCAAUAACAUCAGGUUUUCCAUUGAUUCCCAGUCCGACCCGGAGGCUCUGUUUCGCAUCACUCCAGAUACCGGCCUCAUCACCACAGCCACGGAGCUUGACCGGGAGCGCGAGCACUGGCACAAUAUCACAGUCAUCGCCACAGAGCGAGAUAAUCCCAGCCAGGUGUCCAGAGUUCUGGUUGCUAUAGAGACGCUGGACCUGAAUGACAACGCACCUGAGCUGGACAGACAGUACACCACAGCCUUGUGUGACUCCUCCUCCACUGGACAGGUGGUGCAGGUGCUGCGGGCAAUCGAUAGAGAUGAAGGCGGGAACGACAGCGCUGUGUAUUUCAGCAUCCCACCGGAUUCUGCAGCUGCCCUCAACUUCAGCGUCAGGGACAGUGGUGGUCCCACGGCCAGCCUGGUGCUGCUGUCUCAGCUCCAGCCUCUGUCCCGCUCCCAAUCAUCCACCUUGACGCUCUAUGUUCCACUCGUCCUGAGGGAUGGAACGUCGGGCCUAACCAGCACGGGGACAGUCACCGUGUCCAUCUGCCCCUGCCUGAGAGGCGGAGCUAAAGCCGGCGAGAAGGAGAAACUGACGGAGGGCGAGUGGGAUUGGGAAAGGGAAGCAGUGUGCCUCCCCCAGCAGUCGUCACUGCCCUCCCCUGGCCUCAGCACUGCUGCUCUGCUUGCUAUCCUGGCUUGUGUUGCUACAUUACUGGCGGUGAGCGCGCUGUCACUGUCGCUGCGACGUCAGAAGCGCGACUCCCUGUCGCCGCUGGAGGAGGACGACGUGCGCGAGAACAUCAUAACCUACGACGACGAGGGAGGAGGAGAGGCUGACACGGCCGCUUUUGACAUUGCCGCGCUCCAGAACGCUCCCCACAGCUCACGCUCCCGUGGCUAUCGCACGCUCGACAGCAGGAAUAUUCGAUACAACCAGCACGCUCAAGACAAAAGCCGCAACUACAGCUGGGCUCAGAAUGCGGCUCUGGAUCACAACUUCUCAGGAACAGGAGGGCCUCUCUAUGGUCGUCUCUGCUACAGCAGCCAAACGUUACCCGUCCUCCGUCGCACGCCGGGAGGAACUUUCGACCAGGGCUUGGCAGAGUUGGCCUAUCGGUUUCCGGGAGGUCAGCCGGACCAAUCCCUGGUCAUCCAGAACCAGGGGGCCGCGGUCGGGCCCAUGGAGUCAGGGGCUGUGUAUAUAGCUCCCAUGGACCUCAGCAAAGGAAGCCAAACGGGGAGUCGAGCCGGAAGCAGAGACGGGACGGCCACCUUAAGUGGGGUGAGCACGUCAGAUGGAGGUACGCCCAGGACCGGCGACUAUCAGGAGAAAGGAGGAGGUCCUGCCAGUAACUGUACAGAGGGGAGUAGUGAGGAAAGAUGUACCAACGGUCAAGACAUGGACUGGGUGCAGUCGGAGAUGCUACCCAGGGAACACAGCCUCGUCAUGACUCGAUCUGGCUCUUUGAUUGGCCAGGGUCAUGGUGUGGGGGCCUGGGUCUGUGAUUCAGCAACUCUACCGCUGGCGGGACGUAGGGCCUCUCGCUCUGGCCUGUCUCCAAAACGCUCAGUCUCCGGUUUGCCUGAUCCGGAAUCCGCUGAAGGUGGAGGAGGCGGGAGGCCUGGCGGAGGUGGGAAUGGGAGGACCUCCAAGGACGGACAACAGCAAUCUCUAAGUGGACGCAACUAUGCCACUGUUUUGCAAGAGGAGAAAACUGGACCAAGGGAGUACCCCGGCACCUUGGGUAGAGGAGGACUGGAGAUGGGGAGCAGCUUUGCAGUGACGAGGCCUGACAGGGAGAGUGGAGGAAUAUCUUUGUCCGGGAAUCCCUCCGUCUAUUCAGACGCGGCUGGCUUUAUUGGGGACUGGCGUGAUCGAGUCGGCAUAGGAGGGUAUGUUUUGGGCAGGAGGGAUAUGAGCCCUCAGCUUUUGCCUUUCCCGGGGCAGCCACGAGGAGUCUACGGCGGGGUUGUGGGCUACGGCCCCGGCUGGGUUUCCGGAGUGGAAGCAGCCAGAGGACCCCCGGGCCCUGGGGCACCCUCCCUCGCCCUUAGAGUGGGCGAGUUCCUACGACUACGUCUCGCCCAGGUCACCUUUGACCCUUCACAGCCACCGUAUGACUCUGUCCAGAUCUACGGCCUGGAGGGGACGGGAUCCAGGGCGGGAUCCCUCAGCUCUCUAGAAAGCGAAGGAGAGAAGGAGGAUUGGGGGGCAGGACUGGAGGAGUGGGGUCCUCAGUUCCAGAAACUAGCUCAGCUUUUUAAAGAGCGAGAAAAAGAAAAGGAAGAUCAGGAGAUAGGAGAAGAGGGGGCUAAACAGGAAACAGAGAGGAAAGAGGACCAUGGAACGAAAGAAAGAAAGAAGGAGGAGAGCAGGCCAGAAAUGAGGGGAAAAACUGAGCAAGGGGAAAAAUGAAACAAACAGGGGGCAAAGGAGGUUGGGCAGGAGGGGAGGCAAAAAGGAAGCUGAUGAAAAGGCAACGAGAGUUAGAAUAAUGUGAAGAGAAGUUAAAGGGGAGAAAGAUGAAGAGGAAAAGUAAUAAAAAGAGACAGAGAAAAAUGAGCCAGGGGAGGAUGGAGAAUACGAGGGCAGGAGAGGGAGUGAUUGAUGUAAUUUAAAGCAAUAAGUGUUGAAACGCUGAUAUGGUUGAGCACAGAUACCGAGACAAUGCAGAGGGCUGCUUCGGCUCGGGGGGCAGCAACAAUUUGUUAAACGCAUUGGACAAAAAACAAACAAAGAAAAAAACAAGCCAAACAUCCCAGACUCAAUUGAAUUCAGCUCUCACAUAUAGAAUGAAAAACAACAGUUAAACAAGAUGCUGGCAUGCACCAUGUCCUAAACUUUAUGUCAACGUUCAAGCAGCCAGUGCCCAUUUGUGUACGUUUCAAACCGAGACAAAAACAUUGCGAUAGUUAAAGAUUUGACAAAAAAAUAGCUCCAAGUGAGCUGCGAGGUUAAGAAUAAGUCAAGAAGGACGAGGUUCUGUGUGUUGACAUUAAUAUACUAAGGAAUGGCAAGAAUGUAUAAAGACAGAAACAGCCUCACAAAUGAGGCGAUUGUACAGAAAACUGUUACUUUUUGCUUCAUCUACAGUCGCAGAAAAGUGAAUUAUUCAGCUUGCUACUUCAUUCCAAAUGAAAAUGAAUCAUUCUAGUCCUGCAUAGGAUUUGCCCUCCUUUAAGCCCACCGGGAAAUCUAACAUUGUGAAAGAUUUGAAAUGAUUUAGGCUACGUACACACCGGGCAUGUGACUCACGCUUAAGAACGCGCUCAACGGGCGAUUAGCAUAUUGUGUUCACACAGGACUGUCGCUACCAGAUACUAUUGCAUGUACUUACAGCUGGAACAGUCUAGGUGCGAAAUGCGAAAGGAACGAUAUCCAUAUCUCCUUACCAAAUACGAGGCCCUGAUUGGUCAAAGUUUUACUGGUUUAACUUUCAGCGCCUUCAACGGCUGCACGUUUUGUACGUAGAGCCCUUUGACUCUAUAUAUAGAACUCAACGGAGCAACCCAUCCCCCUCGCAUUCCAAAUAGGUAGUACCCGCUGGUCCCAAAAGCCGAAAUCCCAUAGACUUCUAUCGGAAAAAUCCAGCUAAUAACACAACAAUAAUGCUGUAGCACAAGUUAUUCAAGUUAUAAACUGACCAAUCAGAUGCCUCAAUAAAGGUAAGUGACCUCAUGUCGAACAUUCAAAGUGUUUGACAGAUUCUCCCACUUUUAGUGGAAGGGGUGUGGCCUUCUAACAUGGUCACUACUGAUUGGAGAUAGUGGUUGCCUUAGAAAUUUAGACUUAAACUGACUCAGACCAAACACAGCUUACUGAGGACGUCUAAUUCCAGCUUGGUGAUGGACAUAUCGCGGAAAAAUGGCGACUGAAUUGACUUCAUUUGGUUGUCUUAAAAACCUGCGUAGCCACAUGAGAACUAUGAACAGAGAAAUCAGAAAAACGCACGUAGGCGCGUCUUUUCAUUAGAAGUGGACUUUUCGUUAGAAGUGGCUGCUUUUUGUUAGAAGUGGCUGCUUGAAAAACGUGUUGCAAAGUCCGGUGUGAACGUAGCUUUAGGAUCCCUUCCUGCAUCUCCCAUCCCCCUCCAUUAUUAUUAUUAUUAUUUUUUUUUUGUCGUAGUUGAGUGUUAAUACGUUUACAGAAAUUCACACACAGCUGCACACACAGAGACACAAAAGAACUGAUGAACACUUCAGGCUUUGAUUGUAUUACAGCAAAUUCUUAAAGCCAAACUUUUAAGGUUAAUUAAAUCUUUUGAUGGCGAACCUGCUGUUCUUUUUUUUUUUAUUAUUUUCAAUUUCGUUUUUAUUUCUCCCACAUCACCCAUUAUUGUCUCCAAUUACGCACCUUGAUGACACGUAUGCAUGAUUUUUUUGUAAACAAGAGGAAAACUAAAUGACUAAAAUGGCAAUCAGUUUCCACACUUUGACACUUAAACUGCCCAUAUUAAGGUGUCUCUUUGGGAGAUAACGGGGUGGGGGGCAUUUUCACACAACAGGCUUUGUGUCGUCAUCAGAAGCAGAUGAGCUGGACUUUCCAGCCGGAAUGCACUUUUCUACUGUGUGUCGUUAAAUACUAGAAGAUAAUGUAAAAUGUCAGAAGUUAUUCUUGUUUUAUAACUUGUCAAUGAAAACAUGUCUGACUGUAUGUAAAAGCAUUACAAAUGUAAAUUUCAUUGAAUAUUAUUGCUAAAUAGAGUAUAAUAAAACAAAACAAAAAAACAUAGAUGUCCAAAUGGAGGAUUGUUGGGACUCAUUCUAUGUACCGUAGAUUAGAAAAUGGACUGAGCCAAACUGAAAACAACACCGUGUUUCUGACAUCUGUACAGCAGUUUAUCAUGUUGCAUCUCUUGUCUUGAUUUGGACGAGCCAAGGAUUUAAUUAUACAUUUGGCCUCUGGCAGAAGCUUGUUGUACAAAACAGUACAGUAGUCACAGGAAACCUUUGGGCGAGUUGGUCCCAGUGAAGAAACCAAGUGACAAAAAAAAUUUGAGGGGGAAAAAUUCCUCUCACGGGCUUUCAAAACACCCACAGAAAUCCAAAUGGAAUAUGUAAUGACUUUGCCAUGCCCGAGAGACAUGGAAGUUUUAUAGAUAGUUACCUCUUUUGAGAAUUUAAUAAGCUGUGCAUUAAAGGGAAGUGACAUCUUUCAUGUGUUUCGGGCAGAGCAAUUGACAUUCUAAAUUAAUAAUGCAUUAGGCUUUUUUUUUCCUAAGGAAAAUCUUUCUUUGUAUUUUUUUAAUAAUACCACUUUGGGAGUCCAGACAGGACUUUUGCAACAAACCCUUAAUGGGAAUGUCUGUGGUUGGCCAGAAAUGUCACUGUAAUGAUAUUUACAAGUGGAUUCAAGCUUCAUGGCUCUCCUCCAGUUUGACAGUCACUUAGUUUUGAAUCCACAAGCUGUUCACCGAACCCACAGACCGCACCGCCCUUUACCUGAAACAAGCCUCUCCAUGCUGUGUCACUGCACAGACUGAAGGGUAAUUAGGACCAAUUUUCUAAUAAUUGCACAAUAGUUGACAGUGGAGAGGGGGGGUGCAUAACUUUUGGGAGUUGAUUUUGGUCAACCAACAGAAUAUCAACGGCCUGCACCUUUUUAAGCUUUUUGGGGAUGGAUCGACCGAUUGAAGGUUCUGAUUGGCUGAUCAAGGGGAUGAGUGAGAGCCGGAAAACAAGAAGGGUGAUAGAUCUUAAGGACUAGUGUCUUAAACCAUGUUGGAUUUUAAACACCUUUCUUUCUUAUUUUAGUUUACUACAAUGUGGAUCAUUGUUUUUAGCAUGUGUGUCAUGACUCGUGUGAGUAACAUUCACACUCCAAUGAGCAACUGAACUGGUUAGUAUUUAAAAGUGGAGCGCAAUUCUUAAGAGAAAGUCCAUCUCACAGCAAAUCCUAGCUUUAUGCUAUGUUCACAUUGGGCAUGUGACAUGCGUUCUUGCACGCUCAUUCUUAAACAUGUGUUUAGCCCGUGGUUUUCACACUGGACUGUCACUACUCAAUAGUGCAUGUUCACUACCUACAUUUUGAACAAGCUUCAUCCGAAAUCCCAAAGCGUUGCAAUUCUCGCGAGAAGACUUUUUCUCUCACACCUCUAUUCUGAUAUUUGAAAGACUUGGUGUCAUAGAAUUCCAGCCGAACACAAACCGGAAUUGUUAAUUUUCCCCUCCAUGAUCAAUUUUCCAACACUUGCUUUUUUAUUUGUUUUUGCCUUUCAGUUUCUCCAGUUUACGAUUCGCACCGAUGGUUUGUAAGAGAGUUUGAAUGCUGAAUGCCCCUCCUGACACAACUCUGUAUUUUCAAUUCACAGAUAGGCAGCGGCAGGAAGGGUCUUGCCAAAGGACCCCCACCAGAUUUAUUAGGUCAUUGCACGCCCUAGGAAUUUAAUCCAGGUUUCUAGCGUGACAGUCCUACACCCAGCCAACUGAGUGUAGGACAUGCUUUCAACAUGCUUUCAAUGUAGCUAUGUUUUGUUUGUAGAGCACAAAAACAGUCGUAGUCAAGCUUGAAUGCAAGAACUUUGAAUGCAUAAGCCCUAAAAACACAUACACGUGUGGUUACAUAAACUUUUCAUUCAAAGUCGUUGCUUGAGCACACGUUGCCUAGUGUGAACAUAGCUUUACAGUUUUCUAAGCUUCAGUUGACAAAUCUAAUAAUUACAGACUAUUCUGCAUUUGAAUGCUAAGUUGAUAUCUUUUGGACUACCAUAAUUUUUCAACUGUUCAAACAAUUGGGAUAAUUUCAGCAGAUUCUGAAGUGGUGAAAAGAGGCUUAGCACUGUUAUAGGUACAAAGCCAACAUAUAGACCACUUUUCUACACACCAGAAUCAGUUGUUUCACGAUGGUCUACGUUUUACGGUAUGUCAAAGAGCAUUUGUUAUUUAGGUGUUGCUGGCAACAGCUCCUUUGUAAAAAAGGUUUUAAAUAAAAAAAACGUAAAAAAUCAUUUACGUUGGGAUUUUGUUCGAUAACGCAUGGGUACCUGGCAUAUUAACGUAGAUGUCCUUCUGGAUGGUUGUAUUUGCUAAAUGACUUUAGGAUCACUUGAAUCACCAAAUAGACAGCCAUCACAGUUGUUUGGUUAAAUACAAAUUUGACAUACUUGAAGUAAUCUUAAAUGUUUGGCUUUAGAGGUACUUUGCUCAGUUGGACAUUGUAGAAAUGUUUCCUUUGAUAAUAUGUGAGUAGAAAUAGUAAUCAAAUACAAUAGAAAUGAUACGUCGACAAAGUUCCUAUAGCCGUAACAAAGAAAAUUAAUCCAUAAAGCAUGCCUCCCUAGAGAAAAAAACAUUAACCCAAGCAGGGUUUUUUUUUUCCUUUGGUUGCAGCAAUACAUAAAUUUUAUAGGCAUUCCUUUGAUAGCAAAUUCAAAAGCAACUAACACGGCACACUAUCAAGUGACCUUCCUCUUCUUGAUUGGCUCCAGGUGUCUCAUCUUUGUUGAUUCAAAGCUGCGCUGUGGUUGAUUGGUCAAAAUCAAAGUGAUGAUUCCCUUGAUUUGUCUUAUUUCAGAGUUUCGGAGUGCCGUGCAGACUAAACCACUUGACAGACCUGAUUAUCGCACAUCGUGCGCCUGAAAAUUGGCUACAUCAAUAGCGUGAUUAGUCAAAUCAGUUGUUUUAGAUGAAACAAAAGACCAUCAUUCUUUGCGGCUUUCCUCAAACUCCUUCUCUGUUCUCCAUAGAUGCUUCAAUGAGUAGCAGUUUCCCCAUUAAGCCAUUUGUCAAGUCCUCGGUAGAUAAAAUAAGGACAGUAAGAGAAUUUUCAGCAAUUAUCUGAUGUGUGUACCAUUUGCUUUAGGGUGCAAGAUGAAGGGCUUGACCAUUGGCCUUAAAAGCUCAAGUUGACCCCAUUGGUUCUGCGCCCCCCUCAUGACAUAGCUCCUGCACGAUGUUGACACAUUUUCCCAUUUGCGUGCUGAACAGAGUGUAUUUAUUUCUGUUGUACUUUUUCUUUUUGUAAAUUUGAAUAAAAAAAGCAAGUAUUUCAAAGAGA